AUGAAUUUGGGUACAGAAGAAGAACCAAGGAAUACAUUCAUCAGCGCCGGUCUUCCUGAGCAAGAGGCCGAGAAAUAUGUUGAACUUCUUAAAGAAAAUAGAGACAUCUUCGCUUGGACAUAUGCAGAGAUGCCGAGUCUAGAACCGUCAGUAGCAAUGCACCGGUUAAAUAUUUCUAAAGAGAAAAGGCCAGUUAAACAAGCACAAAGGCGAUUUCACCCGGAUUUGAUUCCUCUAAUGGAAGAAGAAGUAAACCAACUGAUAAAAGUUGGAUCCGUUAAAGUUCUUAAUGACAAGACUAAUGCUAUCAGGAAGACUGGCCAAAUGGAUGCUGUUACUUUCAGAAUAUACGAUCACAUGUAUUUUGACGGUACUUCUCGAGCAUCAAGGGCAAGUGCUGAGGUGAUAUUUAUUACUCCUCAAGGUGACUUGUUACCUUACUCCUUCACAUUGGGCGCUGCCUGUACAAAUAAUGAAGCCGAGUAUAAAGCUCUCAUCAUCGGAAUGGAAAUUGCUCAAGAAAUGAAGAUAAAAAUGCUGCAAAUAUUUAGGGAUUCUAAAUUGAUCAUAAAUCAAUUGAUAACUGAAUUCGAAAUAAGAAAGCAAGAGCUCUUGCCAUAUUGUCGGAAAGCACAGCAGUUAUUGGAGCAGUUCCGCCAUGUAGAAAUCAAGCAUGUACCGCGGGCUAAAAACGUAAAAGCAGAUGCUUUGGCUAGCCUGAUAACAGCUCUGUCCUAUCCAAAUUGA